AUGCCGUUCGUGGCCGCGACCGCAGCUUUAGCAAGAGCGGGCUUCCCGUUGUAUGGAGCGGCCUCGCCCGUGCUCGUCUUGGUACACCGCUUCCUGAAGCCCGACGGCGAGCCCUUCGUGGAAAGGACGGUGAAACUGCUCGCCUUGGCGAGCGUCUGGGCGUAUUGGAGCGCCGGCGUCGCCGGCUUGCUCCUCUACGUCUUGUUCCAACUACCAAUCACGGCCUACCACGCCUUGGCGGUCUACGUGCCCCUUCUCAUCAUAGCCUUCAAGCGGGACCGGAACGCGAGGUAUGAUCGGUACAAGCGGUUUAUUUUGAGGAUAUUAUUUGAUGCACCUCUCAUAAUAACGGCGAUCUCACUGAGAUAUCUGUGCGGCUGGCACCUGUUCACGCCCUUCGCUUCCAUAAUAGAUGACGAGGUCGUCCAGGGCACGUUACCUUUCGCCUGCGACGUGGCCGAGCUCGCGGCGGAGCCGUACAACGUGGGAGCUGUGGUGAACAUGUGUUCCGAGUGGGACGGGCCCCUGCAGGCUUAUGAGAGGUACGGCAUCCAGCAGCUGCGACUCCCCUUCCAGGACACGACGGCGCCGCACGAGACGGCCUUGAGGAGGGGCGCGGCGUUCAUGAAGGAGCGGCUCGAGAACAUGGAGAAGGGCAAACGUAUCUACGUGCACUGCAAGGGCGGCAUCGCGCGCGCGUCGACGAUGUCCCUGGCGCACUACAUCAUUAACCGCGGCGAGGACCCGUAUGAAGCCGUCGACAAGCUCAAAUCUAAAAGGUCGGUGGUGCUGCGGAGCGCCGCGGAGUACGAAGGAGUGAGGGCCAUCGCGCGCGACCCCGAGGGUAACCAUUGUGAAUAGUAGAACUUACUGCUCGAUGGCGUAGGGGAGAGAUAGGAGUCGAUCUUCGGGAAAAUUAUUUGCUAGUGUCUUACUACCGCUAGCGCGAGAUUUUAACUGCGCGUCGGAGCUCAAUGCGCAUCGAGUAAUAGCUAUCAAGCGGUCGAAACAUUUCUUUUGGAGCCAAAUUGACACCUGUCUGCCGCCUGCAUCGAAAACCGGCGCUACGGCAAGUCAAUUAUUAGCAGCCACUGAGUGGUCAGCUGUUUUGGUCCUCAAAGCACGCGCGACGCGACACGACGCGACAAACCAACGUGAGACAUGGCCACCCCGACGCUGGCUCCCACGCUCAUGCCCACAAAAAGCAACCCCUUCAACACGUCGAGCAGCGACUGGGCCGAGAUCCGCGUGACCCUGCUCCUGAACGCAUUCAUGGCCGUCUGUCUAAUUGGUGUAGCGGCGUUCUACGGCAAUCUAUCAAGCGUCUACGCGCCGAAGCCGCGGCGCCGGACAAGCGCCGUGCGCAGUGGGCUGCGCGGAUUUAGAGAUGCGUCGAGCCUCGACGACGAAGCUUUAGGCAAGGCCGUCGGCCCGGACGCGCAAUUAUUGAUUCGCUUCCUUCGUUGUUGGAGAGACAUUACGACGGUGGGCGGCCUCGUCGCCGCCGUCAUCUUGUUACCGUGCUACGCCACGGGCCGCCACCGCGAGUCCGGCUUCUACGCCUGGACCAUCGCGAACGUCAAGAAGGGCGCGCCGCGGGGCUGGGCCGCGGUGGUCUUCAUGUACUUCUUCACGUGCUACGCUCUUAGACGGGCUGAUAGGGAAGCAAGGCGCUACGCGAAACUCAGGUACGACUACCUGAGCCAGGUUGAGGAUGACGAGGACGGCCCCCAGGCCCGGUGUUCCGUAUUUGUCGAACGCGUGCCGCGCGACCUGAGGAGCGACGGCGCACUUUUGAAUUAUUUCAGACGCCUCGCGCGAUCUGAUAACGCCGUGCACUCGGCCGUCGUCUUCCGGGAUUGUAGGAAGCUCGAGAAGGUUAGGCGAAGGCGCGACGAGGCUAAAAAAACGCUCGCUAGCAGUUCCGAGGGCAAGACUCUGUACAGAGCGCGGUCGCACGUCGACGCGAUAGCAUGUGGAGGCCGGCCGCGGCUCUGGUGGCGCGCCUGCGAUGCGCGGCGCUUCUGGAGCGCCCGGCUCGAACGAUUGGAGAAUGAGUUGUCGAACGGACGAGCCCUCGCCGAGAACUAUUCGCAGAAUGACGAGCCGUCGUCGCCGCUGUUGAGCGGCUCGUCGCUCGAGGCGCGCGUCCAAGAAGCUGCAGAUAGGACGCAGCGCCUGGCGAAUACGACGGCGCGCCGCGUCUUCCGCACGUUAGCUAUCGAGGAUACGGCAUUAGGGGAAGCGUUCAAACCGUCGGCGACGGGCGUCGUCACGUUUUCCAGCGUCGGUAUAGCGUCAACACUGGGCCAGCUACAGCUCGCCUCCUUCAAAGGCUUGAAAGCGGUCGUCCCGGCGCCCACCAGAUCUGAUGUUGUGUUUGCGAACGUCGGCGAGAAGGCGUCCGGCGUCGAGUGGCGCGCGUGGUGCUGCGACGCGUUUUUAGUCUGGUGCGGCGUGCUGCUGACGCCGCUGAUUGGCGUGAUUCAGGGCCUGUCGAAUUUGGAGAGAAUUGCCGACGUCGUGCCGUUCCUAAGGCCCUUCGCCGAAGACGACGAGUAUGCCGCUAUAAGGGAUGUGGUAACAGGUUAUAUUCCCGUGUUGCUCGUGCUGGGUUUGUUGGCUGUAAUACCUUAUGUGUUGGAGUCCCUGGCCUUGAAUUAUGUGAGAUUGAAAUCGCAUUCGUUGGUGCAGCGCUACGUCUUGGACCGCCACUUCUAUUUUCAAUUAUUGGCCAUCUUCGUCACGGUGCUCUCCGGAUCGCUCGCGGACGUCGUCAAGGCCUUCAUCGACAGUCCUUCCUCCAUCGAGACUUUACUAGGACGGUCCAUCCCGGGCGUCGGUGCUUACUUUUUACAGUUAUUAACAGUAAAGGCCACGGUGUCGAUCGCCGUCGAGGCCGCGCGACCAAUUCCAUUGGCACGGGAGCUGAGUCUGCGGCGCCUCAUGGAGCGGCGCGACCCGCCUUCUGAAGAACUGAAACUGGGCCACGCCGUGCCGCAGAUGCUCAUGGUCGUGCUCGUCGCCGUGCUGUACGCGGCGAUCGCGCCGUUGAUCCUGGUGCCGGCGGCCAUCUAUUUCUGGCUCGCGGAGCCCGUCUACCGGAAGCAUCUCCUGUUAGUAUAUACAAAAACGAGCGAGGGCGGCGGCGCGGCGUUGUUUCCCGCGCUCGCGUACUUCUCGGCGCUGUCGCUCGGGAUCGGCCAGCUGGCGCUAUUUUCAUACCUGGCGUUAUCCGACAAGACGGUCGAGCACGGCGACGCCUGGCGCCAGGCAUUGGCGGUGGUGCCCCUGCCCGUCAUAACGUACGCACACUACCGCCGCGUCGUGCAGCGCUACGUCGCGCCCGCGGUCCACCUGCACCGCGACGCGGCGACGCGGCGCGACCUGUUUCGGGACCUCUCGGAGCGGCUGACGGAGACGUAUUACAGGCAGCCGGCGCUUGUGGACGACGACGACGUGGCGCCCCAGGCGCGCCGCGCGUCGUCGAGGAGCAGUACGGGCGAGUGGGACCUCGAGGCCCUGGGCGAGCCGGAACUCGCUCGAACGACAACUCCGCUUGUGUAG